CGAUUGGCCUACGUUAAAAAGUCGAACUGCAUGUCGUGUGGCUUUAAUAUUAUUGAAAUAGAUUCAAAGAGCGAACAACUGCAGUGCCGUCAGCGCUUGAUUAGCUUAGGCAACGUUAGUUCAUCGUUCAUGUGCAACGUAAUUGCGGUUUUUUACGCAACGUCAUUAAAUAACAAUUCAAUGAUUUAUAACAAGAUUAGCAAUAGCGAGCAGCACAACAAUUAUUACAUCAAGAUAAUAAUGCAGUAUUUUGUAUUCCUUGUGGGUAUGCUUGUGGCGUCUUUUCGCUCUUCAACACAACAAUACACAGGCAUAAACGUGAACUCCGCCUGGCUAUGCGGUCGAGGGGAGACGUUCGCCGUCAACGCUAGCAGCGUCUUUCGGUUGGUCGGCGUUGCCUCCGACUCGAGCGUCACGUGCAAAAUGCAUUUUUCCGCGACAGGCGAUAGCAACGGUUGUAACGGUCUCUGCUACAUGUUCCAAUUUUACAACGUCAUAAAUGAUGCGGGUGUUCAAUUCAACAUCGAGGCGGCAUCCAUAUCCGAGACCUUCACAAACAAUUCGGUGAUCCCAGCACGAUUACCGAGAUGUUCCGACGCAACAACGCUGAAUAUUUCGCUAAAGCUGGCCCCCGGCUUUUCCUAUGUAUACUCAAACAAAACUCUACAGUACAAGCUGAGAAUCGACGUCUUUCACAAGUGCGGUGCGCUGGGUACCAUGAAAAGUCAAAAAUAUUCCCACGCCUUUUUAAUUGAAGCAGGUCACAUGACCAAGGAGCAAUUUGAUGCAGCCGAGCGCGCUACGUUUUCGGAUGGGGUUGCUGUCGGAUGCGCUUUCGCCGGCUCCUUUAUAUUCAUUAUGCUCGCCGGUAUCUUUUAUACGAGAUACAUGAAAUAAUCUCCUGGUGCGGAGGCAUUUACUUGUUAUAGACAUUGUUGUUUUCAUGAUACUUGUAUUCGAUAAUGUAGAGAAGAUUGAAUUAAAAAGUGCAUUACUUUAUAUGUUGUUGUUUUUGUAAUAUUUUAUCACACAGAAUAACCAUUUAACUAGUCUUUUGUCAGAAAAAGAUAUCGAUUCGCCGCCGCGAUUCGGGAGGGGGGUGUCAUUAGAAUGUCCUACUUUCGUCCGUCAGGAUUACGUUUCUGCUUCCCUUUAACUUUUUAAGGAUUUUGAAUGAAACUGUGCUGAAACGUUUAAGUCAUUGAGACGAAAGCCACAUUGCAUAACACAGUCGAGCCGGCUAAAUUUCAAGAUACUUUUAGGUCAAAUAGUUGAGCCGCCAUUUCGUGUCUGCUCUAUAGCUUCUAUGCCUUUUGAAGGAUGUAGGAUGUUUAUUAAACUUUGCUUUAACGUUUAAGUCAUUAAGACAAUAUAUGAAUUGCAUGAAUCAGUCACGACGGAUCAAAUUUAUUCUUACAUUUGAAGGUCAAAUAUUCCAGCAGCCAUUUCGUGUUUGCUCUAUAUCCUUAGGUCGUAUUCGUUAUGAAGAAUUUGCAUGAAACGUCGCUCACUGUAUGUAAUUGAAAAGAUAAACAGAAUGCAUGGGCCGUUUACGCCAGCUCAAUUUCAAGGUCGAACUUAAUGGUUACAUUUUUAUGCUCAUUUUUCUUAUUAAACUUAUAUCAAAUGUUAACUCGUUGAAGGAACAAAAUGUUUACUUUUUAGACUGCAUUUUUUAUGCAUUUUAUGGAAUUUCUGGAGACAUGCACCAAAGAAUUGUUUCAUUUAUUUACACAAAAUGCAGACGUAUGAGGCAGUUACGUAAACUCUAGGUCAAAGAAACCGCUCGAUGGUUACAAUACACACGCCGGGGGAUGCAAUAUACUUUUCGACCUUGUUGAAAAUUGAUUAAGACGAAGAUCGGCGAUUUAAAAACUUAUUUGACUCCUGGGUCCAGCCUUGAAUAUCAAGAAGAUAAGAUUUGAGUUCCCCCUCAGCUGAGCACUGAGAAUGUCGGUCAUCGCACGAACGCACCCUCGAAUCUCAGCUAUUUUAAUAUCCACAUCAAACUCGGAGUUGACUCAUACUAAAAGCUAAAAAAUUGUAUGUGGCCACUAAUUGAGCUUUAUCGUUAACCUCAUCUUAAAUUGAGAACAAACUAUAUGUUAAGUCAGAAUAUUGACUUACGUAUGUUCGUUAUACUUGUCCUUGUAAACGUUAUAAAACUUGCAAACGCAAAAGUAAUAUUGAAAAUAAUUGAAGUGUAGUGUACAUUAUUUAAUUGGCUUGUCUUUAGAAGUUAGCGCGAAAUUAAAGAUAUAAGCGAACAAUCAAUUAAGAAUUUAUUUCUUAAAACAUCCCAGACACAAAUCAACAAAUAAUAUUGUAUUAUUUAAUUGAGAAAAUUCAUGAGAUACCGAUUGUGGAAAGUGUGAACAGGAUAGUUUUUUUGCGUUACAUAUAAGAAUUGUCCUCAUAAUUUCUACUAAAUACAAAUCGUAUAUCCUUAUUUCUUACGCUACACUCUGUAAUUAUUACAUAAUGGGUAUAAAAUAUCGCUUAUAUGAUCCUUGAAAUCAGAGAAAUUUUCAGAUAUAGAACAACCUAAAAUACCGGUAGUUUUAAUGUUAAAAUAUUUGAUGAUUUGAAUGCAGACAAAUAAAGCUUUAACCCGAACAAAAACUUGUGUUAACUAUUGCGCCUUGUUUUUUUGGUCACAAAUAGUCAGUGUGGCUUAUACGAAUGAUCACAUGCAGUUCGCAUUUUAUUAUAUUUCUGACUUCCUGUUAAUACUUCUUCCGGUCUCAUCCCCUUCCGGUGGUCACUACUUCCGUUCCUUAACAACGAGUUUGUAGCGUUCUGAACCUGAAAAUAGAAACCAAAUACAUUUAUGUAAUUUUUAUCAGACUAUGUUUUGGAAAUGGAACUGGAAUUAUAUUGUUAUAAUUAUGACUGAUUGUAAAUGUGUAAUGUGUACCCAAUGCUUGCAUUAUGGUCUAUGCAAAAUUGUUUAUCACAUA